UUAAUUAUUCAUGACCCGUAUGUAUGCAAAUGAGGGGGUGGGGCUCCGCCAGCGACCACCAUGGCGACGGGGGAUGGCGGCGGUAGCGCGAGCCGGGCUCCCGGGACCCAGCCCGGAGCCAGCGCCGGGAUGGCCCAGAUGGAGAACAAGAGGACAAACAGGGAGAGUGAUGCAGUGGAAAAAAGGGGCCCAUACAUCAUGACCAAAGCUUCCUCCAUUCAUGCCAAGCUGCAGAAGCAUCGAGAAAUGGCGAAGGCGGUGCUGCGGAGGAAAGGCAUCCUGGGGGCAACCGUUCAACAGCAACCAAAGCCAGCAGCAAAGAGGUCAGUGAAGUUUAACAAGGGCUAUGCUGCUCUCAGCCAGACAGCGGAUGAGAACCUGGUGUCCCUUGAUUCAGACAGUGAUGGGGAGCUGGAGUCAAGAUGUUCCUCCGGUUACUCCUCUGCAGAGCAGGUGAACCAGGAUCUAAGCCGUCAGCUUCUGCAGGACGGGUACCACCUAGAUGAGAUCCCGGACGAUGAGGACCUAGAUCUCAUUCCCCCAAAACCUGUUGCCUCGUCACCUUGUCUCUGUUGCUUCGGGGAGUCUCUCUCCUGCACAAUCCAGUAGGCACUGUUCAACCGGGGCUGCACACUACAAGUCAAGGGCCAGCACUUUCUACCGUGUUUCUUAGUACAUUAGUAUGCCUGAUAGAGGCAACUACAUUCAGCAUUGAACACUGGCAGAAACUGAAAUGGGCUCAGUGACUGAAGAACUGGAUGCUGCCACUGCUGCAGUUAUUGGCAUCUGCUCAAGUUGAGCAGCAACAGUUGAUUAUCCCAAAGCUACUUUUUGUUACAUAUAGUGAUAUAAUAUAUAGCUAUUAUGUGUAGCUGUUCAGGUUGCCUGAACGUGGAAAGUGUUGGAGCAUGGAAAGAUGCUUCAUGCUGGCGGGGGGAGGAGGGAGAAGAGAGAACAUGUGCGUACUCUCACUCUUAAAGGAGAACUCCAAAGCUGUUUGUAAAGGGGAACAGCAAAGGUCCCAAGUCAGUAACCUAACAAGCUGGAGAAAUGCAAAUGAAGGCACUUGAGUCUGCAAACAGUCAUUCCUUUUCCUCAUCUGCCAAGGCUGGGGUUCGGGAUCUGGUGCUGCCUUGGGUGGUUGCCAUGUCCUUACAGGUGGUUGCCAUGUCUGAACUCAGGAUCUAGCAGGUAAGCAGAGAAGGAAGGAACUUCUAUUUCCCCAAUGUUAAAACAAGCUACUUGAAAGGCUCUUGAAUACUCUGAUCCAGUUUGCUCACACGUUUUGUUAAUCCUGUGGGAUUUCAAAUGAUUUGCUUUCAUUCUUUGGGGUUCAUCUCAUUAACUGGUUGUUUUUAUUCAGUGACUAAAGCAUUAGCUGUCCUUUAUUUUUAAAAAAACCCACCACCACAACAAAACCUUUGUCAUGGGGCUUUCAAGGUGGUUAGAGCUGCUGUGAGAUCCUGGAUGGUACCAUUACUGCCGCAGCACUACAGUUUCUGAGUGUAUCUCGUAAGCAACUUCAGGCCCUGGCCUUUAAUCCCCACUUCUGUAGAAGUGACCUAACAAACUGUCUGCAUUUAUUUAUUUAUUUUCUUUGGUGUAUUCAUGAGUCCUGGCUUGAAGUCUGAGGUUGAGGUAGGCCAGCUGAGAUGGAAUUCCUCUGGGAAACAGCAGAGGUGAAUGGAGGAGGAGGGCUGCCUGAUAAAAGUGUCUCGUUAGAUUAAUGGAUGUAAUGGCAUCUAUAAUUGCUCUGGGUUUGCUUUGAACUAAAUCUAUACAUAGUGAUCAAAACCAAAGCUUGCUGCUCCUUUUGAGUACCAGGGCAGGCACCAUGAAGUGACUGGGUGAGGUGAUGAGGGUCAAGGCAGGUGUAGGCAGGGUCUUGAGCUGCUUUAUUUGAGAGGCUGUCUGCUAAAGAUUGCCAUGUUGUCUACUGAGCACUCUACAUUACAUGCAUCUGAUGUGAUUAAUCAGGUGACUGGCUUCUGUCUGACUGAACCAGUGGCACACCAUAUUAUAUAGAAACCCCGCUAACACUCUUGUAGGACAUGUCAAUUUCUGUUUAUUAGUGGGUUUUAGGGGCUUCUGACUAGAUCAUAGUAGUUUUACUCUGGGUUUACUCUGCCAUAGAAGGUCUGAACUUAGGAGUGAGAAGUUUUAGUGUGAACUUGACUGAUAACUUUUAAGUUACAAAAAUACAAGAU